AUGGCACCCUACGACGACGCAGUAUGGCUCGAGGGCCUCAGGAUGCUUGCUGACCCAAAACUUCGUCGGACAAUGGCUACCACCUCGUCGAUCUGGAUGCCCCUGCUCCUGAAGGGCAUCGAUACGACCCGGACACCGGAGGUGAUCCUGGCCGGUCUACGAUUGCUGGCCGAAGUAUCUGGGAUAGUGGAUCCAAUGAAGAGCUGCUUUGUCAAGCCUUUGAAGGCAUUGAUGGUCCUAGAUGGCGUGGGCGAGACGGACGAGCUGAGAAAGGCGGACGGUAACCUGGGAUUGGAACUGAUCCCAAGCAUCCCUUCGACCGAUCUCUCUGCAUCUUCGGGCAGUCUCAAAGCCCCGCCUGUCGCUACGGCUGCAGGACCCACCCUCCAUCCAGUGCUGAACGAGAUUCUCGAAGGGAACCUCCCCCCUCAUACCCGCGAUGUUCGCUACGCUUGGACACACUCCCUCUUUGCCCCGAAUACGGAGCAGCACGAAAUAUGGCUGGCGAACCUAUACCGCGCAACGGUGGAGGCGAGUGCAGUUCCCGAAAUGGUCAUUACUUGGAAGCUCGACACUCAGAUCCACGAGGAUCUCUUCCCCACGGCUUUCCUCCUUUGUUACAAUCAGAUCGAAGCGGACGUCGCGUUCAAGGCCAAGGUGGACAAGACUUUGAUACGCCUGCUCGCCGACCCGAUGACGAGCAAAGCGAUAGUCGAGGUGAUCCUGGAGCUGCUCAUCUUCCUGCAGAAGGAGAAGAAGGAGAUGCCGAUGGAGGUCCUCAAGGCUGCUACAGCUUGUGCGAUGUCGGAUCUGGGAGACUUGCACGGUAUCCUCCCUGCUGCUAGCCUUUGGUUCAUCGAAGCGGAAGCAGAGAGGAGCAUGACCGCUGAGAGGAUCGGAGACCUAGUCGAGGCGAACAUCCGCAUCGGGAUCUCUGGUCAUGACUCCGCGUGGAGCUCCCUCAUGUGGCUCCAGGACGACUACGAUACCCAGCCAGACCCCAUGUGGAUCACCCAGCUCGGACAUUGGACUCAGGCGCUGGACGCCCAGGAAGGGAUGGACAAGGGAGUUGUGGACACCUUUGGUUCUUUCAAUACCCGCAUGUUGUGCUAUCACGCUCUUGGGCAAUUUGAAAAGGGUUACGAGCUGGCGCAGGCAAUGUACGAAGGCCUGACCGAUCACGAGCGCCGGAAAACCGCCCACUGGGCGACUGCAGCCGCUUGGCAUAUGGGCGACUACGAAGCCAUGGCCGACUAUCUCGCAUUCCAUCCCAAGGGUACCUCGAAAUCGCUGUACAAAGCCAUCAUCGACGUCAACGCGGCAGAAUACCGGAGCGCCGUUCAGCGCAUCUCCAAAGCCCAAACACUGGCAUAUGACGAGAUCCAGUCCUGCCUCAGCAUCAGCCCGUCGGAAGCGGGGAAGACGCUCGCCAAGACGGAAUACCUGGUCGAGCUCUCCGAGGUCAUGGCGUACAAGAUGCAGCCUGAGCGGCGGCAAUCGAUACUGGCCGGCUGGAGGGGAAGAUUCAAGCAGAGCCACCCCGAUAGCAACUCAUGGCUCCGUCGACUGCAGAUCUGGAGCCUGGCCUGCGAGCCCAGGGUGUGGGAGCUGCAGGUGUGCUAUCUGGAUUGUGCGAAGCUCUGCGAGAGUCAGGGGAAGCACGAGUCUGCUCAGAAGAUCAUCGAUUUGGUGACGCCUGAUGUGACUCCACCUGGCUGCAAGGUCGAGUAUACGAAGCUGCGCUUCCUCUGGAAGGACGCUUGCGCUCGCCAGGACUCCGCCGCGAUGCGUCACCUCCUUGACACACUCCGCACGCACGCCUCGGGAUUCAUCAAGCAUCAUCGAAUCAAGGAGGAUGAUUUUAUGAACGAAGGGCUGGGGAUGCGGCCUUUGACGUCCACGGAGCAUGUCGAUCAAGGAUACAGGCGGACUCUGGGAAGGCGGAUGUACAGGCUGGGACAGUGGUCCGAGGUCAUCCAGGGCCCAGAAUGGAUCUCGGAUCCCGCUUCGGAGGUGUACAAGUAUUACAGCCUUGCCGCAAAGCUUGAUGACACUUGGUUCACUGGAUCAUAUGCGCUCUCUACAGCUGCAAUGGCUAUAUUCGAGGCCAAGAAUCACGAUAGUCGGGAUCCCAUCGCCAUAAACAACUACGUCGUACCCGCUAUCCGAGGCCUCUUCCAAGCCAUCCGGGCCGAAGAGUCGCCCGAGAAGAUGAUCAAGGCGCUCCUUCGCCUCGUCACCGUCUGGUUCCGAUAUGGCGAAUCUGAGUCGGUCCUCAUCGAAGCAGAACAACAGCUCGCAUCUACGCCAGUCACGGUAUGGCUCACUGCUGUGCCCCAGCUCAUCGCUCGUCUCGGUACUCAGCAUCGGGAUCUGCAGGGUCUCCUCAUUGGGCUUCUCAAGGACAUCGCCUCGGCGUACCCGCAUGCCAUCAUUUGGCCGCUCAUGACCGCCAGUCAGAGCAAGGCAGAGCACCAGGACGCAGCAAGGGUUAUCAUGAGCCAUAUCGCUACGAUGAAGGAUGGCGGGACGCUGGUCAAGCAGGCCGAGACGGUCGGGCGGGAGUUGAUCCGCGUGUCGACAUCGUGGCGAGGCCUCAUCGACAAAUGCCUGCCCAGAGUAGAGCUCAUGGAGAUCGCUUGGCACGAAGUCCCCGAGCUCUGGAAAGAAGACUACGAGGCUCUUGGCCGCCCCGAAACGCCGGACGAGGAUGCAUUCGUCCAGCGCUUUGGGCGACAUAUCGACUCGGUAUAUGCUGUUCUUCAGCGGUAUCGCUCGACUCGCUCGGUCGGCUACGUCAAUACGGCGUAUACCGAGCUGUACAAGCUGUUUGGCAAUAUCGACGCGGCGAUCUCGCAGCAGUACAAGGUGUCAAAUCCGAAGCUGUUCAUGCGUGACACUGCUCCCAGGUUGCUUGCUAUGCGAGACUGUAUUCUGACUGUACCCGGCCAGUACGAUCCGCAGGUCAAGCUCGACGAUCAAGCCUUUAUCGACUCAUUUCCAGCUACAGUUGAUAUCCUCAAUACCAAGAUGCUGCCUCGCAAGCUGUCCAUCAGAUCAUGGCGGUCUCAGCGGGACGAGUUCACGAACUUUACAUUCCUCCUCAAAGGGAAUGAGGAUCUUCGGGGCGACGAGCGUAUCAUGCAGCUCUUCACCCUCAUCAACACCCUGCUCAACCACAACAGCGAGUCAUUUGGCCGAAAUCUGCACUUACUGCCGUAUGAAGUCAUCCCGCUCUCACCAUCCGCAGGUCUUUUGAGCUGGGUACCGAAUACACAGCAACUACAAGGCAUGAUCCAAGCGAAUCGCGAAAAGAACAAGAACAACAAGCUCAGCGAUAGGGAGCUCGCCUCAAUGCUUGGAUACGAUCCGGAGACAUUCGACUCGCUCCAUGACAAGCCGCGCUCAGAUCUGACAUCCGAAAUGGACCGCUACGACAAGCUGCCGACCGAGGAGAAAGUCAAGCGCCUUCAGGCCGCGUGGUCGCACUCCAAGCAGGGCGAGCUCAAAGACGUCCUCUGGCAACGCAGCCCUUCUUCUGAGAUCUGGAUCAGGCGUCGCACCAAUUUUGCCCGUACUUUAGGCGUUGGCAGUUUCGUCGGGCACAUCAUCGGUCUCGGUGACCGACACGGAUCGAACAUCCUGGUCGACCAGCUGACGUGGGGCGCUCUGCACAUCGAUUUCGGCGAUCUAUUUUGUGUUUCACAAGAUCGGUCAUACCUCCCCGAGAAGGUCCCAUUCCGCCUUACCAGGAUGAUGACGAACGCAUUCGAGCUUGCUAGUCACAAAGGUCACGCUGUUCCCGGUACGCGAGGAAGCUACAAGAAGGCGUCGGUCUACACCAUGGAGGUCUUGAGGGAGAAUAGGGGGACUUUGCUGGCUAUGCUGGAGGCUUUCCUAUAUGACCCGCUUUUGCACUGGACGGCGAACAGCACCUCAUCUACGGUAAACAAGCAGGAGCAGAGCAAAGACAAGCCCGCUCAGAAAGGUCAUGGUCGGCAGGAACAGUCCGUCCGGCUCAACCCGCCACCCACCACGCGCAACCACACUCAGAGCGUGGCGCCUGCCUUUACGCCAAAAGAAGGGGACUCGGACGCGUACCACCGGAUCGAUAAUAGCCUGGUGGAUGCCGAUUAUACGGACGAUAGCUGGAUCGCCAAGGUAGCUGGCGGGUCUAUGACGAACGCGAGAGCUUUGCAGGUAUUGGCGACGAUCGAGCGGAAGCUUGCUGGCUACGAGAAGGGCUCUGAACAACCCUUGGAAGUCAAACGACAGGUUCAACUGUUGAUCGCCGAGGCUACCGAUCCCGCCAAUCUUGCACAGGGAUACGUACUCGGCUGGAUCCCGCAGUGGUGA